AACCGCUGGAAGCAUUCCACCACCAGGCCAGCGAGUAGCUACCAGGGGCUACAGAAGAAACAUCACCUCAUAGUUUUUCUGACAACCUCUGUUUAGAAGUUUCCCACCAGUAACAAGAUGAACAGAAGCGUCAACACCAAGAAUGUCAAGUUUGGCCAUGCCAUGAUCGUCGGCAUCAGCCUGGACGAUUCCACAUAUAUGACUGAGCAAGAAGAGUUGUCCUUGGAUUCGGAUCGAAUGGACGAUGGUUCCGAUGGUUCCGACAAGCGACGAGACCUUCAGGCACGAGAGAACAAGUCGUACGAACGAAUGCACAACAAACAAAAGAGUCGAGAUUACCGUAGAGCUCAUGUACAAAGCAUUCUCGCGUUGCAAGACGAACACUUUGAUUGCCACCUGCAAGAUCCCAAGGGGCUGGGGAACUUGUCGCGGUCACUGAGCAAGGAUUCUGUCAAAAAGGCACAACUACGAGCGCUGCAGAACGAACUGGACGCUUCCAAGUCCAGUACGUUGGGCCUGGAUGACCGCAGUGAUCACUCUCAUGACAGAAGAAGCAGACGAAGAAAUGCACGAAGAUGCCAAAGUCUACUGUCGUCGCCUUUGAUGGCACCCAGUUUCUCAAGCUGCCUCGGCAAACAACUAUACUGAUUCAAUCAAUCAAUCAAUCAAUCAAUCAUUCGACAAGUCUAUUAGGAAACAAAUCUGGCAACAUUAGCAUUAGAAUAAUAGUAUUUUAAAAAUUGCGAAGGAGGGUACUCUGGUCUUCAAUCCUUCGUACUGGUACUGAUACCUUCUACUGCAGCAUUCCAGAAGAGCACC